UCACCUCAUUUCUCUCCAACUCCACUCAGUAUUUCCUCUCAGGGAUGCAAUAAGACUUGCCUGAGGCUACACUCAUUUCCCCAUUCCCUCAGAUACUGCAGUGAUUAUACAUGACAUAGGAGGAGCUUAUGGAUCCCUAUAAAAUCCUAAGUCUCCCUACUUGCCCAAUCAUUUCCUCUCAGCAUCCUGCCCAGCAAAGAAGUAACUCACCAGAAUGAUACCUGGAGGUUUAUCGGAGGCCAGACCUGCCACCCCAGAAGUCCAGGAGAUUGCUGACAAGGUCAGAGCACAGCUCGAAGAGCAAACCAAUGAGAAAUAUGAAAAAUAUGAAGCUGAUCAGUAUAAAACUCAAGUUGUGGCUGGAGUCAAUUAUUUCAUUAAGAUCAAUUUAGGGGAUGGUUCUUUCAUCCAUAUAAAAGUUUACAAGGAUCUUUCUGGUAAUUUGAAACUCACUGGUUAUCAGACUAAGAAAACCAAGGAUGACGAGCUGACCUACUUCUAAUCAGUAAAUUUUAAAGUGACCUGAUUCCUAUCAUUGUAAACAGAUUUGCCUAUCAAUAAAGAAACAUUCUUCAAAUAA